AUUCAGAGAGGUGGAACGCAUAGAUUUUAGUCUGGUCUGGGUUCUGCCACCGACCUACUGUGUGUCCUUGGGCUCCUCCCCAAGUCUCAAUAUCCUCAUCUAUAAAUUGAACGGUAGACAAGAUUCUUUAAGUCACCUUUCAAUCCAUCUAUUAUUGCAGGUCCAUUUUGUCGUCUGAGCAACAAAGCCUUGGGGGUUAAAUAUCGUUGGCCCCGUUUUAGAAGGAAGACAUUGAGUUCCAGGGUGUAUCCUGUGCUUUACUUGACGGGGGACUCCGAGUCCGGUUCUGUCGUUUUCAACUUAAACAGGUAACAUGGAGGCGCCUCCAGUCACCAUGAUGCCUGUCACCGGGGGCACCAUUAACAUGAUGGAGUACCUGCUGCAGGGAAGUGUUUUAGAUCACAGCUUGGAAAGCCUCAUCCACCGCCUUCGUGGUUUGUGUGACAACAUGGAACCUGAGACUUUCCUUGACCAUGAGAUGGUAUUCCUCCUUAAGGGCCAGCAGGCCAGUCCGUUUGUUCUAAGGGCUCGACGCUCUAUGGAUAGGGCAGGGGCACCCUGGCAUCUGCGCUACCUGGGACAGCCAGAAAUGGGAGACAAGAACCGCCAUGCCCUGGUGCGUAACUGCGUGGACAUUGCAACAUCUGAGAACCUUACUGACUUCCUGAUGGAAAUGGGCUUCCGCAUGGACCAUGAGUUUGUUGCCAGGGGACACCUGUUCCGUAAGGGCAUCAUGAAGAUCGUGGUGUACAAGAUCUUCCGCAUCUUGACACCAGGGAACACAGACAACACUGAGGCCUUGUCACUUUCCUACCUUGUGGAACUAAGUGUUGUUGCACCAGCUGGGCAGGACGUGGUGUCUGAUGACAUGAGGAACUUUGCAGAGCAGCUGAAACCUCUGGUUCACCUAGAGAAAAUAGACCCCAAAAGGCUCAUGUGACAAGGCAGUCUGUCCACCACUGGGGCUUGUCCUCAGCUGUUACAAAAAACGAAGACGUUAUAAUUGCCCUAUUUCACCACUGCCAGCCAGGCAUUCUUCCCUCAGGAAGGAGGACAAUGAGAACUUAGUUGGUUCUUUGCACUGUUUUCCUCAUAUGGCCAGUUCACUUUUGUGACAGCCUUUCUAAAUUAAAGGCUAAGGAUGACAUGGAGAAUCUAGAUAAUCCCUCUGCAUAAAGAGGGGAAACUGGAAUAAAAUAGCUUUGGGGAAUAAAAAUCUUUUAAUUGUUUUGCCAUUUGUGUGUAAGGUUUGUAAAACAGAGACUGAGUUUGUAUUGUGCAGUAAUAAAGGCUAU